AACCGAAUUUCGAAAAGUAUGGCCGCGGAGUGUUUGACAACAGCAACCGAGCAAUGGAUACGGGACAAAUUACAACUUAAACAUCCAUGCCUCGGUGAUGUCCGCUCUCUGAGCCUUCCUGGGACAAGUGAGGAGAAGAUUAGCCACCUGGGAAAUUCAUUAAAAAACUUCGUCCGUUUAAAGUCUUUGGACCUCUCAUGCAAUGCCCUUGUUUCUGUCGAGGGGGUUCAGCAUUUGAAAGUGCUGGAGAGGCUGAUCCUUUACUUCAACUGCAUUCCCUCCUUCGAGGAGGUGUCAGUGGUCUUCAAGCUGCCAACGCUGAAAGAGCUGGAUCUCAGACUCAACCCUCUGACCAAACGUUACCCCAACUACCGCCCUUAUUUGGUGCAUGCUAUGCCCAAUCUGCGCAAACUAGAUAGCUGUUCAGUCAGAGACACAGAGAGAAAAGCUGCAGUAAUGCAGUUCUCCUCUGAUCUUCCACCUCAGCAGAAGAGCUCUGCUUUAAAUCAGGCUGCUGACCAAAGAGGCACCAAUAAGAGACUGGCCUUAGUUGACCGCUUAACAAAGAGGCUCUCUCUUGGGACAGACACGAAUGAUAUUGUCUUGAACUUUGUUGAAAAAGAUCUGAGAGGUCAAAGUGAAACUCAAUCCCUCUCUACAUCAGUUCACAAGGGGACAGAAGAUUCCAGAGUACAAGAAUUAAAAGUUUUUACAGAACAGAGAAGUUCUACUCCAAUAAAGGAAAUUGCCAAAUCCAUACUCAGGUAUCCUUCUAGACAAUUUGAUAAAGCCGAGUCCAAAGUGUCACACGUGAAGGAACAGCCUCAUAAAGAAAGCUCCUCCUCAUUAAACGUGAUUGAAAGACCGAAAGUGUCCUUUGGCCCGUACAUUGAGAGACAGCAGCCACUGCUUGGAAAACAAAAGCAAAAGGACAAUGCCAAGCCAACCCGACAUACAGGCAGGGGCCAUUUUACACCAAAUCCUGAUCAGAGUCGGCGUCAUAGCUUCUCUUUUUCUAAUAUCCGGCCUCCAAGCCCACGUCGACCUGGUCUGAAUCUGUCUGACCGCUCCAACCCCAUCUUACACCCCCCGAGGCUUACAUACUCUAGCUUCAACAAAACAGAGGGGGGCUCCAGCCUGCCGCAGCAGAAGGAGGAGAAAAAAAGGGGUGGUUACAGAAAACCCCUGGAGAUGCUUCUUAACCUCGUGGACAAACACUGGACCGGAGAGAGGUCACUGCAUCAAAACAACAACUUCCUGUCUCAGGCUGUCCAGAUCCUCUCCAUGAUGGAAAACGAUAUUUCCAGUCGGGAGGGCGAGGUCAGGACCUUAAGACGGGAAGUUGAUGGGCUAAAUUUUCAAAGGGCUGUAAGAGAAGAGGAACACAAAGCUGAAGUCUGUAAGCUCUCUGCUGAGCUGGAGGAGGCUCGCAGUGCAGUUGGCAAACUCAAUGAGCAGCUCAGGAUUGUCCUGGAGGAAAAUGUCGCUCUGCAGAAGCAGCUCAUAAAGCUGGAACGACAGUAUCUCAAGUCUAUGAUGAAAAGCUCACCGAUGACUCAGAUUAGAGAGGCUCAGACAGAAGUGGAGGAGCUGAGGAGAGAGAUUGAGGGGUUGAGGGAGAAGGUUAAGGAGGCAGAGGAAGUCAAAGAGCUGUCAGAUAUGCUGCAAGAAAAUCACAGGUCUCUGGUGGCUAAUAAUGAAUGUUUGCAAGCUGAGCUCAAGGGAAGUGAGGAACUUUGAAGAAGGAUUUGAAUGAAGAGAUGCACACUGGGAUAAAAUAUCAAAGCAAAACUACACCGAGUCAUAUGAGCAUUGCAUUCACUGCACAAUGCCCAGCACCUACAGACUGUUUAUAAUUCUGUUUUAAUUUAUGUUUCUGCAGUUUACAUUUAUUUUUUCAGCAUAGCAAAUCCUCAACCUUUGUGUUUGUAGUUUAGUGAAUAUUAUCUGGAAAAUUUUCUAAAGGCUUUACUUGAUGUAAACAUCAACAAUACAUUUAAGAAAGCUUGUGUAUGAGAGUCAAAGGGCUGUUAUCUCUGUGUUAUCCGGGGGUAAAUGUUAGCGAGAAGGGUCUCACAUAUUUCCUGGAUCAGUGGAAAGAUUGUGUCUCUUUGCUGUUUCCCCCCAUUUUUAGGUCACUCGUGCCUCCAUCUGCUUUGUACGCUGCAGUGAAUGAAUGCAUCCAAACUCCAGCUGCACUGUGACUUUAUUUAUACCUCAGCCUAAGGGCCAAAGAGCUGCACGCUCGUGCAUUUUCCUCUCACUAAUGUAAGACCUGGCAAAGCUGGUUAGAGCAUGGAUGUUUCUACAUAAACUUUAUAUUUAUAUGACUGUUACAGGACAGCGUACUUGAACAGAGUUUCAAAGACAUGAGAAUGUAAAACACUGUUUUGACUGACACCCUGUAACCUACUCAGCAGAGGUUCUUAGGUGUGUUUUUUAUUUUCAGUAAUGCACUACAAAUCAUGAGCAUACAUUAAGAGGCCUAAAAGAACAAGAACAAAACACACUGCAUGCACUGGGGCACAAUAUUACAUGAAAAGUUAUUCGAAAAACAAAAAAAUAAGACAAUAUUGUUCCUCCACAUUAAAGGUGCACAGUAUUUGGCAUUAAGCACAAAAAGAGGUCAUACUUGAGCUACUGCAGCAGACAAAAAAACAACACUGAUAGCUGCUAGUUGAUGCACGAUUCUUCAUCAGCUGAGGCUACAGGUAGUGUGUGACAAGUGUGAAACAAACACUGUCAUGUUGGAAAAAUAUUCUACAAAAGUAUUUUACCCUUUGCAAAUGUUC